UUCACCAUUUUACGACCUUUUUCUUCUUCUUCCCUCUUUCCCUUCACGCACUUUCUAUCUCUCCCUUUCUCUUUCUAUUCUAUUUUACUCCCUCCAUUUCUCCUCUUCCCCUUCUUGCACUCACACCAUUUCCCUCCCACUCUCUCCUCCUCUCUACUCCUCCCUGUCUAUCUUUCUCUCUCUCUCACUCUCUCGGGCAUCAAUGCCGCCGCUGUUUCUCGCUUCUCCCAUCUGAUUGUCAUCGUCCCCUCACGGCAACGAUGUCGUCAGUUUAGCAGGAUUUUCUUACAUAACACCAUGGACAAUAACGGAAGUCCCAAAUCUUGGACAAAACUCGCUUUCUUGAAUCGUAAUGACCAGUACCGGCCAAUCGACAUGUACAACGAUAACCGUAGCUACACUGAUUACGAAGACAGUAUAUAUCCUGACCGCAAUCAGUUUUUUCUGGAUGGUGAAAGCGUCAACCAGUCUGUUGUAUCGUCUCUGCGUGGUAUUAGCCGAGAUAGCUUCUGUAUGUCUACUGCACACAUAGCUGAAGACCCCCUGGAACUUCUGGAGUGUGGGGGAAUUAACGAUGAAGAACAAGAAUCAUAUUAUCCUGAAGUGGAACCCGUCCAGCGCACUGUUGAUUCAGCAGGUGCCGUGUCUGUUGACACACAGGACAGUGGACUUUUUAAAGACUCUCCACUUCCUUGUGGAAAUAUACAAUUUUGGUCCGAGUCUAUGGACCCAACAGAUUUCCAAUCCAAGAAGCAUUAUGUUUGUGUCCCAACCGAUACUUCUGUGGAAGAUCUGGCAGAUUUUAUGGGCCUUUUCUGGCGGAUGCGCAGUCCUAAAAUUGUGCUCUCAGUUGUCUCAGGAAUCAAGCAUUUUAAAGGCUGGAAAAACCCCAAACUCAAAGAACAAUUUCAAAAGGGAAUUAUCAAAGCUGCAAACACUACAGAACUUUGGAUAAUAACAAAUGGCGUUGAUGGUGGUAUUGCCAAGACAAUUGGUGAUGCCAUUCAUGAAGAGAAAAUCCACAGAAUUAGUAACCGUGUCCAACAGGCAUAUGCAUCAAUUCAUGCAGAACAAUGCCAUCGUUUACCCAAACUAACUGUGAUUGGAAUAAUGCCAAAACAUUGUAUUUCCUAUGAGAGUUCCUUUGAUGGUUUGUAUGAUGGCCCAAUUGUGAUAAAGAAUGAAGGUCACAAACCAAAUUCCGACUGUUAUGACCUGAAUCCAGACCAUACUCAUCUAAUUCUUGUGGAAGACGAAGUUGGAGAAAGGUCAAUAUUCACUCAUUUUCGUUGUUUGUUAGAAUACAGAUUAGGGUCAGAACUAGGACGACCUCAUCGCUUCAAGAGAUUCUUCAGUAAUGAAUCGUUUGAAAUGGAAAUGCAAACAGAAACACCUGCGGCUUCAGUUCCCGUCGUUGGUUUAUUAGUUCAAGGAGGACCAAAAAGUAUCGAUCAUAUUCUCUUCUUCUUGAAAAACAAGAUGCCUGUGUUAGUGCUGAAAGGAAUCGGUGGAGCGGCAGAUCUUGUGGCUUAUACCUACGAAGAAUUGCAGGAAAGAAGUGACCAGGACUUUACCGAUAAUUCCUUGAAACCAGAACUGAUUAAAAGAAUUUCAAAAACAUUCCCCGAUGACUUCAAAGAGAACGAUAUUGCCAGAAAUGCAUUUCGUGACAAGAUUUUAGAAUGUGUCAAAUAUUCUCAAGAGGGCGAACAAACAUUCCUUACCUUUGUCAACACAAAAGGAUGGGAUUCCAACCUGAAAGACCUUGAUAAAUAUAUUCUGAAGGCUUUAUUCCGAUCUAAAAUUCUUUCUGGGUCGCAAUGGAGGGAACAGUUAUACAAAGAUUUGCAGCUGACCUUGGACUGGAAUCGACCUGAUCUGGCUUGCUCGGAAAUAUUCCAAAGAGAAGAAUUUGGCAAAUUAAAAAUCGAUAAAAACCUCUUUGAUCAGUCACUGCAGAGAAAAGACCGUGAAGAUUUUGUAGAACUUUUUCUCGAUCAGAACUUCCAAGUUCAUAAAUUCUUGAAUCAUAAAAAACUGAAGCUUCUCUUUGAAAAAGCUGAAGAACGAGAAUUCUUCUACACAACCUGCUUAGAAGGUGCUCUGGGCAAGAAUUUCCAAUCAAGGGAUCAGCCUUUGGCUGCCAACUUCUUGGACACAGAUUUGAAUCGUCUCAUUUACAAACUGUGUGGAAUCAAAGACUUUGUCCAGCCCUGCGAACUCUCCAUGAACUCCCUAGGCUUGUAUGUCCUGGACCCUGUUGUUGCUGAAAGAAAGGCCAUCAACUGUCUCAUAGUCUGGGCUGUCCUUAUGAAUCGUAAUAAAUUAGCCAAGCUGUUAUGGGGAAGAUCGGAUGAUCCAAUCCCUAUUGCUCUUAUCUGCAGUGACAUCUACAAACGAAUGGCUACCUUUUCUAUGGAACUCUACCAACGCUGUGAGAUGGAACAGAAUGCCAGUGAGUUUGGUAAAAUGGCUCUUGGCACUUUAGACAUCAGCUUCCGAGACUCCAGUGCUCAGGCCUACAGCAUGCUCAGUCGACCAUUACCAGACUUUAAUAAUAAAACAGCAAUUGAAAUCGCACAUGACUCUGGUUACCUCCAUUUUAUUGCUCAUCCUUGUUGUCAGAAGUGGUUAACCAAGAAACUAUUUGGAUCAAUCCAAGUUAAAGAACUCGACUGGGGAGUAUUCAGACUUCCUUAUUGGUUCAAGAUUCUGGCCAGUGUAUUUCUGGUGCUACCAAUGUAUAUCUGGAUUGCCUUUGUACCAAGUUGUACCAACCAAAGCAAGUUAAAAGUAGAUAUUUAUCUCAGAGGUAAAUCAAUAUUUUAUAUUUCUCUGAACUACAACUGCAAUGUUAUGUCAGUUGAGAUUUUUUUCUCCAUUUAUUUCCAGAAUGGGAAACGGUCCGUAGGUGCCAGGUUGAGAACAGCUUUGAGAAGGAAACGCAAAUUGAAAUUGCCAUUUUGGAGGCAGAUUUAUCUGUUGUGGAAUUCCCCAAUCACCAAAUUUUGGAUGACUCAGGUGUUUUACUUCAUCUACCUCGGUAUCUUUAGUUUGGCUGUGCUGUGGCCCACCUGUGGAAAUAUAUUGCUAGACCUUAUUGUUUGGUUAUGGACGCUGGUUAUAGUCACAGAAAUUGCUCGACGAACAUAUAUAAAACAUCAGAAAUACAAAGCAUUAUCAUUACUUGGACACUGUGUGGAGAUUAUCUUAAUAUUGGUGUUCUUAAUACUCUACCUGAUUUUGCGGAUUAUUCCAAACUGGGUGAAUUUCUCCGAUUUUAUCACAGCGAAGAUUGUCAUGGCUAUUGGUUUGAUUUAUUUUUUCUAUCGUCUGCUUGGUGUAUACCUGCCUAUUAGUCCAACGCUCGGACCGAAUUUAGUACGUAUUGUCAGAAUGGUGAAGCAUGAUUUUGUGGCCUUCAUCAGGAUGUUCUUGAUAUUCCUCUUAGCUGGUGGUGUGACCACACAAGCCGUCCUCUACCCAAACUAUCCUCUUGGCACCCAAAUGUUAAAAAAUGUCUUGACACGUCCACUCUUUGCCUUAUUUUUAACACAAAUUCAGGAUUUAGAUGGUUUUAAAGACUGCACUCCUUUGUACAAAAAUAUUUCGCCAAGUUAUUGCACUACAAGAAAAACAUCUUCGCCAUUUGUUUCAGAUGCAGGAAUUGCUGCUGUUGCUACAUGUCCAUAUUCCAGUCUCGGGGGUUAUAUCGUUGUGUUGCAAUAUCUCAUUAUAUGCAAGUUAAUUCUUACGACAAUUUUAUUUGCAAUGUUUGCAUUAACAAUUAGCAAAGUUGAUAAUGAAGCAUCUUCCAUAUGGAAAUUUCAGCGCUAUGCUUUAGUUGUUGACUUUGAAGAACGGCUCUGUUUCCCACCGCCUCUUACCUUCUUAAGUUAUUUUGCAAUGCUUAUCCGGCUUAUUUACCGCAAAAUGAAGAAAUGUAAAAGAAAUUGUGAAUUCUUCUGCAAAUGUUGGAAGAAAUCAGCUUUGCCCGAAGCUUCUUCUUCGUCCCAUCGAGCUAGUCAGCGUCUCAAAAGAUCAGAAGAUUACAGCUAUUGGAAGAAGUGUGCAAAAGAGUAUUCUUUAACUUUAGAAACUCAACAAAAGAUGUCUGAAUUCCCAAAGAAGCAAGCAGAAAUUGUUAACAAUUUAAAAGAUGAUAUGCAACUGCAAAAGAAGAACAUUAAACGCCUCAGUGAUCGUGUUGUGGAACUAGAGAGGGCGCUACAGACCAGUAGAAUAUACUUGGAAGAUAUUAAACAUAUGUUGGAUAAAUCUGAUGUCCAAGGUGUGUCCAGUACGAAAGGUCAGAGUCUCCAUGUUGCCUCACGACAGUCUCCCUACCCUGGAACCAAACUUGCUCGAUUCCCAGUCUUUGAUAAAUAUGUGCCUUGGGAAAGUAUAUACGAUGUGUAUGAUCCUAAAACAUACACCAAACCAAAAGACCAAUUUCUGGAAUAUGAAAUUGUGUUUGUUGAUGAAGAUAUCUUCGAGUUACGGGCCCUUGAAGAACUUCGAGCCCAAAUGCCAGAAGAAGAAAGAGUUGAACAACCUGCACUCCCUAAUUUCCGACCUAUGUGGAAUGCAGUGGUUACAUAUCGACAAGGAAAUGCUACACGAGAGGUAGACCGGAGAUCUUGGAUUACGAUAGAUUCUCAGCCUGUCCGAUACAAAUUAGAUCCUUCUGGAGUUCCACAAAAUCCAAUGGGUCGCACGGGUAUUCGAGGUAAAGGUUCAUUAUGGCGCUGGGGUCCCAAUCAUGUGAUUCGAGGUGUUGUGACCAGAUGGAGACGCAAAUAUACUACAGAUUUUCAGCCAACCAACUAUCUCUAUGUCGAUGGGAAACGAGUCUUGGAGUUUAUUGCUGUGCGGAAAGAAGAUGCAGAUGAAUACCUCUUUUGUUUACCUGGGGAUGCCCUCCAUGGCUUGACAUCCCCUUACAGUACGAUGUGUGAAGCAUUCAUGAAAUCUGUAUUUGAUGAACACGAUGUUGAUUCUAAAACUGAACUUGACCAAACCGACAUGAUCCAGUUUUAUGCCCAGUUUGCGACUUCGACUCACUGUCCCCGCAGUUCAGCAUCACUGUCCAGUCCAUCCCGCUCGACCAGUCAGACAAUGCUGCCAAUGUUGUCUGGUUCAAGAACAAGUCUUCGCACAGAACAAGAUAACCAAGGAUUCUCAGCCUGUCUGCUCUACAAAGGUUACGUUGAUGAUCCAAGAAAUACAGACAAUGCCUGGGUUGAAGCUGAAGUCUGGAAUUUUCAUUAUGACUUUGCAGAUACCUUUGAUAGUCGUAUACUAGAAGACGCCAGUGUGAAAUGGAAAGAAGUGUCCCCUUAUGUGAAGUUGGUCGGGAAUGAAGCUGUUAUUGUACAGGAAGCUGCCAGGAUCCAUGAUGCUUACAACUGAUGGGUGGGGGUGUAUGAUGGGGGGAAUGGGAUG